UGUCUGCUUGUACUGGCACUAUGCGAGUAAGCCAACGGGCGGGAAGAAUUUCUGGUGCUACGUUACGAUGUAACAAAAAUCGCAAUCAUGAAAUUGCAAUCAGGACAUACUCGUUUUUUGAAGCAUCAAAACUUUGCAAUCAGGAUAUUUUCAUGUUUAUCAAGUGUUACCUUGACGGUUUGUCCUUAAGCCAGACUUCCUCAUUCACUGGCGUCCACUACAAAUCAACAGCAGUAGAUUGGGCGUCGUUCGUAAGGGAGCUGUUCAAAGAGCACUUCCACAGGAGUAUCAGGCACAGAAAAUUGACCGGUGAAGUUGAAAUAGACGAGUCAUUGUUUGGACGCCGGGUUAAAUUUCACAGAGGAAAUCCGAACAAAGGAUUAAAGGUAUGGGUCUUUGGCAUGGUGGAAAGAUCGUCUAAUACAAUUAUAGUAUACCCGGUAGAGAACCGCUCAAAUGCGGUUUUAAUUCCUAUCAUUGAACGCCAUGUAGAAAAGGGGUCUACAAUAUACAGUGACGGAUGGACUGCGUAUUGCGCCUUAAACGAUUUGGGGUACCAUCAUUUCUCCGUGUUGCAUAAAUACUCCUUUAAAAAGGAAUACAAGCAUGUGGAAACUGGUGAAAUAAUUACAGUCCACACAAAUAGGAUUGAAGGAGCAUGGAAGCAUGCUAAGGAUUAUUUCAGGAAAAUGUCCGGCACUCAAGCCUCCCAGUGGGAAGGUCAUUUGGCAGAAGUAAUGUGGAGGGCUGAGGUGAAGGGGAGAAAAUACGAGAAUUUCUUUGAUCUGCUAAGGUCUGUGUACACUUUAGAAGGCCCACCGCAUUACCAGUAUACAACACCUCUGUUUGACUCUUGGCCGGGACUAGUAUGCAGUGACCUCAACAACUGGACUUUACAGCCAGAAGUAACUGACGCUGGAAGCGAAGUUACAACUUCUUCUGAUGAGGAUGAAGCUGAAUCCAGACCUGUUGAAAGGGUACCAUCUACAUCUGCACCUUCCGCCUCUGUAGAAAAUCCAUUGAUGCUAAGUUCAACAUCAGAUGAAGACAAUCUUACAGCUGGUCAAAGACAAAGAUCUACGAGAACACUAAAGCCUGAAACUGUGGCCUUAAUUUCAGAGUUAUUUUCUGACAGUUCUUUAGAUGAUACAAUUGUUGAGCCAGCAGUUUUACCAUCACCUGAACACGUGAGAUGUCAACCUUCUACAGGCGCGUGUGCCGAUGUUAGGCGGAAAGAAGGGCAAAUUAGAAAAAAGAAUAGAACUGAUAAUGUAUGCCAUCCCGAAGGAUAUGCUCCCACAUCAUCAAAGCCAAAAGGGAAACGGAAAGGAAAAUCGACAUCAGAAAAAAAGAAGCAAAAAUCCGUACAGUAA